AUGGACAACACCCAGAAAGAGAGGGUGAACUACACUUUCGAUGGAAUGACAACGCAAGCGCCACCUAGGCCCAGAUUCAAGACAACCCUGAUAGACGAGGUGGUCACCUUCAGGCCUCCAACCGAUCCACCCGUCUUCGCCACGCUUUUGCACAGCGUGCCCACCAGCACUCGGCGUCCAAGAAUAGUUAAACUCAAUGAUGGAGAGGUAAAGCACAGGUCGAGCGGUAAGGUGAAGAAGACCAACUUCUUUCCGAGGCAGAAGACCAGAGGACACAAGAGGAAGUUGGAAAAAGCUGUCAAGCGGCUCAGGGGCAAUCGCAAAUUGGUGUCGCGCGAUGUCGGGCCUGUCGGAAGAAGGGUGCCUAUCCCGCGUGGGUGGAGAGUGACUAAUAUACGAAGAUUUUAA